UUUUCCUACUCCGUCACGAAAUCGGCAGUUGACUUUAUUUUUUCUGAUAUCUCAUUUAUUAUCUCAGCUGAAGUAAUUUCAACGAAACGCUCUUCAGUUAAAACUCGUUGUCUGUCUGCAUCAAUUUGAAUUGAAGCAUCCGGAAUGGAGCGUUGGAACGGUCGAGUGGCUCUUGUGACAGGGGCUUCUGUCGGCAUCGGUGCCGGUGUGUGUAGAGCCCUUGUGCAGCAUGGCAUGGUGGUCGUCGGAUGCGCGAGGAGUGUGGAUAAAAUAAAGACAAUUGCGGAAGAGGAUGGUGUGAAAAAUUCUCCAGGAAAGUUGAUUGCUUAUAAGUGCGACCUCAACCAGGAGUCAGAAAUCCUGUCUCUGUUUGAUGAAAUCCGCAAGACUUACGGCCGCCUGGAUGUUUGCAUCAACAAUGCCGGAUUGAGCCACAACGCCCCUCUUCUCAGCGGCACCACUGCGGACUGGAGGAACAUGCUGGAUGUGAACGUGAUGGCUUUGUGUAUUUGCACCCAAGAAGCUGUCAAACUGAUGCGAGAAAAAGGUGUGGACGACGGACAGAUCAUUCACAUUAGCAGCAUGGGAGGCCAUCGUUUACCAGCUAAUAUGCCGGGGGCCCACUUUUACUGUGGAACCAAGUUCAUGGUGAGGGCCCUCACUGAAGGCCUCAGGAGAGAGCUGAAAUCCCUCAACAGUCAUAUUAGAAUAGCUAGCAUCAGUCCCGGAAUGGUGGAAACCGAGUUCUUCGACCACUUCCUGAAGAACGAUCCUACACGCAAAGCUUCCGACAUCUUCAGUUCCAUGAAAGCCCUUCAGUCCAGUGACAUUGCCGACACUGUCGUCUACAUCCUCGGAGCGCCUCCGCAUGUUGAAGUACACGACAUCAUGUUGCGACCUUUUGACCAAACUUCGUAAAAGUCAUGGAUGUGUUCCAAUUGUACGAAGUGAAUAUCGGAUCUUACUUUGAUUUCGAUCGGCUGUAAUUUGAAGUUUUCUUUUUUGUUGGAAAUUAUGUCCAAGUGCCAAAAAUAAAGUAUAAAAUAUUGCUUUGUUCCUAUAAUCUGUGCGAUAUUUGAAAUUAAAUGUGUUGUCGAUUAGCA